CAAUAUAAAUAAUUUACAAUUUCUUUGGUUUAUCCCUCGCAAUUAUUUUUCUUUUUCUUUCUAUAUUUUGCUGGCUUCUAUUGUAUAAAUUGUUUUUAAUUCUCUAGUCAAUUUUUAUUUUUUUUACCAUAAAAAAAUAAAAAAAAAAAAAAAUUGCCUGUGAUUUACUUUAUUUCUCGUUUUAUUGAGUUUUUUAUUGUCAAUUUAUUAAUACUAUAAAUUGUUGCUGCCCACUAUUUACUCUAUUUUACUUAAAUCAAUUCAAUUUCGAAAAACAAUAAACAAUAGAAACUAAUACACACAAUAAACAUGUCUGAAGAUAUCGAAAAAAAACCGGCUUUAGAAUCUACCAACUCUUCCUUCGAUGAAGACCCAAUCUCAACAACCGGCGAGAUUAAACAUGCCAAACAAUUUACCAAAUUUGAUAAAUUUGCAAAGGUUCUUAAGGCUGAAAUUAGAGGUGUUGAAAGAGUCCCAGAAAAUGAAAAAACAGAUGCCUCUCUAUGGUCUGCUGCGUCAAUGUGGUUGGCAGCUAACAUGGUUAUCUCUACCUUCUCUCUUGGUGCUUUGGGUGUUACUGUUUUCGCUUUAAAUUUCUAUCAAUGUCUUCUUAUAAUUAUUUUCUUCAAUUUUAUGGGUACUAGUGCUGUUGCGUUUUACUGUGUUUUUGGUGCAAAGUUUGGUUUAAGACAGAUGAUUCUAUCAAACUUCCUUGUUGGUGUAGCUGGAACUAAAAUUUUUGCUUUUAUUAAUUUGGUUGCUUGUAUCGGUUGGGGUUCGGUUAAUAUCAUGGCUUCUGCUCAAUUAUUCCACAUUGUUAAUAAUAAUGCUUUACCCCCAUGGGCUGGCUGUUUAAUCUUAGUCAUUUGCACUGUCCUCGUCUCAUUUUUCGGUUAUAAUGUUAUUCACACUUAUGAAAAAUUCUCUUGGAUUCCAAAUUUAUUUGUCUUUAUUGUCAUCAUUGCAAGAAUGUCCAUGUCUGGUAAUUUCACUCCUGGUGAAUGGGCCACUGGUAGAACUGGUGCAGGUAAUGUUCUUUCCUUUGGUGGUACUAUCUUUGGUUUCGCUGCUGGUUGGACAACUUUUGCUGCUGAUUACACCACUUAUAUGCCUUCCAACACCAACCCUUACAAGAUUUUCUUCUCUGUUCUCGCAGGGUUAACAACCACAUUAAUCUUCGCCAUGACCUUGGGUGCUGCUUGUGCUACCGGUACUUUAUCAGAUCCUGCUUGGGCUGAUUUGUACAACGAGUUCUCUAUUGGUGGUUUGGUCUAUGCUAUUCUAGUCAGAAAGUCUUUGCAUGGCUUUGGUGAGUUCUGCUGUGUCUUAUUAGGUCUAUCAACUGUUGCAAAUAACUUACCAAACAUGUAUUCCAUGGCCUUAUCUGCCCAAGCUUUCUCCUCUUAUUUCAGAAAGAUCCCAAGAAUUUUCUGGACCUUGUUUGGUAACUUUGUUACUUUGGCCAUUUGUAUUCCUGCUUACUAUGAGUUUGCUGAAGUUAUGCAUAACUUUAUGAAUUUAAUUGGUUAUUACUUGUCCAUCUAUAUCGGCAUGAGUGUUUCCGAACAUGUCAUCUAUAGAAAGGGCUUUAAAGGUUAUAACCCAGAAGACUAUCUUGAUAGAUCCAAAUUGCCAAUUGGUAUUGCUGGUACUAUUGGUUUCUGUUUUGGUCUUGCUGGUGUCAUCUUGGGUAUGAACCAAACCUGGUACCAAGGUGUGCUAGCCCACGAAAUUGGUGACUAUGGUGGUGAUAUUGGUUUUGAAUUAGGUAUGAGUUUUUCCUUUGUUGCCUUCAAUAUUGUUCGUCCUUUGGAAAUCAAAUAUUUCGGUCGUUAAAACUGGAUUUUAUUGAGUCUAGUUAUUCAAUUCUUAAAUAUAACUAAUUGAUUUUUGCUACCAAUCAAUUUUUUUUUUUUUUUUUUUGUUUGCAAUUUCUUUCAUUUUAG